AGGGCAACGAUCCCAUUCACCCAGUCACAACGCGCUUAUGUGCGCCAUAUUGAACUGUUGUUCCUCGUGACCGUUCCCUACAGAAGUCAACUGUCCUUCAUAAUCUCCAAGAUCACUGUCUCUCUCGACAGACGCGCGCGAUAAAAUCGAUAGGAUCGUCAUUCGGGAGAGAUUAUCCGUGGAGUCGGAAGCUGUGCUCUCACAGGUGGUUGAUUAGACUGUCGGACUAUUAUCUCGGGGUGCUCUGACAGAUAGUAAACAAGCGAGUGACGUGUCGCGUAUUGUAUCUUCCAAGGAAAAAUUACGAUAUUUGAUCGAGAGUGCGAGUGUAUAAUAUGUCCUUCGCCGUUAUGGUUGAGCGACGUGCAAUUGCAGUGCGUUAAUUAACGACGCCUUCCCAUAUUGUAAUAGCGAAAUCCACGACGCGAACGGGCGCUGUCCAUUGUUGCUUCGGGAGCGUUCCUAACCUCAAUACGAGAGACGCGCUACAAAUAUGGGGAACAUAUGCAAUGAUUGUAUGGCCAGAGUACCGUACGCGACUCUCAUAGCAACCAUAAUGUGUUGUUUGGGAGUUGGAAUCUUUUGCGGUACCAUGUACAGAGGUGCUACAUUAUGUGCUCUCAUGAUGGAUCAGGUGUUCCAUUUACAUCUUGGGUGGCUGGAAGCAAUGCAACUGGUGUUUGCUUCAAUUGGAGCUUGUAUGGCAGCUUUGGGAUUUAUGAUUUUGUGCGUUGGGUGUCUUGCAACUGGUGCUACGAGACACAAAGUUUAUCGUGCAUGGAGAUCCAGAGUAGGUGGGCGUAUCUCUUGUGCUGUCUUUAUGACUAUCAUUUAUAUUCUGCAAUUAGCUUGGCUUCUGAUAUUUGCAUUCUUGAUUAUUACUACGCUGAUAUUUACCAUAUUCUGGGGUCUAUGCAGCAAUCCGCGUGUCCAGAAUCUUGAAGAGUGCAUCGAUUUUACUCAAUUUAGCUUUCUGUUUCCGAAUAACACUCGAGUGCAGGACAUGCAAAUAUGCGGAGCGCAAGAAGUCAAGUUGUUUUGCAAGGAUUUCGUAGAAAAAGCCGAGGUGAUGUUCAUCCUGGCGACAGUGGCGACCAUGCUAGUGAUCUUGAGCUUGAUACACUAUCUCAUGUGCCUGUCUGCCAAUUAUGCGCACAUACGUGAUCACGAGAAGUUCCAGGAACUGCAGGAGCUGCAAUACUUACAAGAUGCAGCUGAUCCAGAUUCACCUCAGCCGGGAAUGGGCACCCUAGGCUCUCAUCGCGGCAAAGACAGGUUCUAGGAUACAGCCCGCGAGAUCUAUGCCAUGAACCCUUUGUAAGGAGCCUCUUGUUCCUCUCCGUCGUCUUCCGGGACACACGGGGAAUCCUUACGCCCGAUUGGAAAUCUCUCUUCCAGAUGGUACUUCUUUUCUCUAUAUACCUAAAUUCGGUAUUCCUCUCGUCGGUCUAUUGUACCGCGGUAGUUUACUCGAUCAUGGAGGAUCUUGCGGGAGCACUCUAUGCCGUCCAUUUUGACUGUCGUCGUAUAAGAAUUACUUCAUCUUACUCAAAGCUGAAGAGAAAUGUUUGUUAGAUUUGUCGUACGUAAGAUUUUCGUCUUGAAGGAUAAAUCAGGUCGAUUGUUCACGCAAUUUUUCCUGAGAGAGUGAAAGUUUUACGUAUACGACAAUAUUUCGUUAAUUCGUAUACAAUAUGUAAUAUUAGGGAAAACUAUAGGUACUUUGAGUCCGACAAUGUGCGAAAUUAUAACGCACAGAUUUUUGUGUGUGUAUAGCCACUUUAUCUCAUUUCGGUUUACGCACAAACGCGCUAUGUGUGCAUAUAUGCUCAGUUUCAAAACUAUUUGAACACUUCGUUUCUAAUAUAGUACAGAAUGCAAUAGUCGAACCAAUGAGAAUUUCUGAGAAUUGAUAAAAAAUAAGUUUUCUCAUUGGACAAUUGGCUGCGUUACAAAUUACAUCGAAAAAUAGUGUUCAAACCGUAUUAAAACCAAGUGUAUUGUAGAAUUAUGCAAGUAUUUGUAACUUCUAAUUGCUGCCGGUCUAAUCUAUCGGUGUUAAGGCUAUAACCAUCUUCGCGGACUGAAUCGACUAUUUAUGACGUCUUCGGUAUUGACAUUUUUUUACGAGAUUUUUCUCUUUUUAUAUACAUACGUUUACACAGUAGGCAAGUGAACCAUAUAUUUUACAUUCCAGAUAUUUAAAGCAUGCUGGGAAAAUAAAGAAUUAGUUGAAUAAUAAUAAAGAAGACAAUCAUUUCUUAAGAUAUUCUAAUCAAGAAUUAACAUUACAAGUAUUGUGUGUCGCAAUUGUGUUUUUGAAUUUGAUCAUUAAUUGAACUAUUUUGUGAAGCAUUUUCCCACCAUGCUUUCUAAGAUAUAUUUACGUCGUUUGUGCAAUUAAUAAGAUAAAGCUCAUUUUUUGCGGUUGGAAAUUUGGCUAUUUUCUCUGGGAGUUAAAUGUUACAAAAUAAGUGUUGUAAUGUUGUGCAUAUGGAAGAAUAUCUAUAUUCGUAGAUUCUCUAUUCUCCAACAUAUAUAAUAUCGACUUGUUGUGAACAGAGCAAUAUAUAUUUUUCCGAAAUAUAAAAAAGAUUCUACUGUCGAAUGCCAGAAAGAAAGAUGAAUUCUUCUAUGCACGUUAUUGUGCCAAACUAAAAAGAGAGAGCAUAAGGGAAGAGUUAAAAGAAUAUAAAAAAAAAUGUUUGGCUCUAAGCGAAAAUCUAUCACUUUUAUCACAUAUACAUUAUAACACUGAAAUAUGAUUGAAAAUAUCAUUAUAUUCAAUCAUACGAAUUUAAUUCGUGACAUAUUAUCACUUGCUCAAAUCAUUUGACAAUGCAUGUCGACCUACCUGAAAUGUCGUAAUUCUAAUUUAAAACAAAUCACAAUUUCAUCUAUGAUUAUUCUAUGAUUUUAUUGUACACACAUACAUACAUUCGCAUACACACCUGAUGAGUACAUAUCAAAUGACAAAUUUAGUGAUUUUGGACUCACUUGAUAUAGUAGUAACCAUAAAAGAUUAUAUAUUCAUAGAGGAGAUUAAAAAACGGUACACACGCGACUCUUGCGAGAAAAAAAGAACCGAUUUAUUGUUAUAGACAGGAAAGCUACGCGUCGCAUUUUCAUUUGGAAAUAUAACUACGAUGUAUAUUCUAUUAAUUACGAAUAAAAAAAUAUUUCCCGCUUAA